CCCCAGGCAAUGUCAUUGUGCCAAGGCAGAAGACAGACCUCUUGAGUCUGGCAGCGCAAAGAAAAUCUGGAUUGCAGGAUGUGGAGAAUCCUGACCACAGCAGUCUUCUGCUACCUUGGUCGUCUGGUGCACACCAAGUGUGCUCUGUCCCAGCUAAGCAACGAAACCGAGGUCUUGGAAAUUCUGACCUUUGGCCCCCAGCACUUAGACAUGGCAUGCCUGAACUUCAGCGGCCGCGGCGUCAUCAGGAUCGAGGGCAAUGUCAGCCUCGGAGUCACAGUGGUGGAGCUGGACCUGUCCCAUAACAAACUCCAAAGCCUGCCUCCUGGUUUCCUGGCCCGUGCCAAAGGCAUGAAGCAACUGAGGCUGGAAGGGAACCCGCUCCACUCUGUGCCCACUGACACCUUCAGCCACUGCCUGGAGAAGCUCAUUGUCAGUUGUGGAUGCGACGUGGUUGGGACCAUCUUUCCUUACUGUCAGAACUGCACACCCAACAUCGAGUGCCAAUGUUUUUCCUCGCAAGGGCCAGUCAAUGCGUCUGAUUUCUAUGCCAAGCAGUGCCUUGUGUCCGGGGCCCUCUACGCCGCCAUCUUGGUCCCCAUUCUGGUGCUGGUCCUCACUGCUGGCCUGGCCUACCUCCUGAUUCGGAAGAAGAGAGCGACCACUAUUUGCCAGGACAAGCAGGGAUCCAGCGUAUCUGACGGAGCUCACGGGCAACCACGUUACAUCAGCCACGUGGGUCCACAGGGCGAUGCGGCCAGGGGCCCGGGCCAUCACACUGAUUACGAGAACAUCCCUGUCAACCAGCCCCACAUGACAAAAACCAGGCAAGGCGAGCGCCGGGCCAGUAAGCAGUCAACAAACAGGUUGUCCCCCCAAGUCCCGGACACCAAUGGCCCCCAUAGUGAUCAGCCAGUCUAUGCCAAUGCUCAGGAUUUGUACUACAACUAUGUCGGGAGUGCCGCCCCAGCAGCUGUGGAUGAAGACAUCUACAUUAUUCCAGAUCAAUGACCACUCACACACUCGCUUGGCUGUUGUCCCUCCACAAAGCAUCUUCUGUUUUUAAAGUCUCUAUCAUGGUGACCUUUUGCUUUUGCUUUUUUUUUUUGCAGGGGGGCAUAUAGAAAGAACAUUGGAAGGAGUUCCUCUUUUCUUUAUGACUCAUACAACUGCAGUUGCCUUUGUUCACCGAUAUGACAUUGGAGGGGGUUCAUUCUUAAUUUUCUGGCAAAAUGAAGCAUUCAAUAAUUAUCUGGAGGAACUCCUCCCCCCAACUUUUCAAAUCUAACAUGCAGUCAAGGGAAUGAUUUCCUGCAUUUCACCCCCUGCAGGGUGUGUGUGUGUGAGAGAGAGACAACAGGGAAGAAGGAGGGAAAACUUAAUUUAAAAAGUGAGAGUGCAGUUUUGGGUAACACAGAGAAUUACAUAACUGUCUGACAAGAGACCACCUCAGCAUCUGGAGAGUGUGUGGGAGAAAUGUUCACCUGUGCACUGCAUGACAUCUUUGCCGUCCUGCCGUGUGCAUUGAUGUGCAUGGGUGCUUGAAAAGAUGGGUCUGCCGUCCCACAAUGCCAAGGGCUUUGAUAGGGAUAGCCCAUGAUGCAAAUUUGUGUGUGCUUGUGUAAAGAUGUGGUGUAGUGGUUACGGCGCUGGACUACGACCUGGGAGACCAGGGUUCGAAUCCCCACACAGCCAUGAAGCUCACUGGGUGACCUUGGGCCAGUCACUGCCUCUCAGCCUCAGAGGAAGGUGAUAGUCAACCCCUCUGAAUACCGCUUACCAUGAAAACCCUAGUCAUAGGGUCGCCAUAAGUUGGGAUCGACUUGAAGUCCAUUUCCAUUUUCUGUAAAGAUGCAAUUUUAGGCCAAAUUUUGGAGACGGGGAGAAACAGGUGCUUGCUAUACGGACUCACACUGAGCUGCACGAAUAGGGUGUUCUAGACCCAGGAUACUGUAUGUGGAUCGGGCCCACUCCCAAUCUUGGCCAGAACUGCUGUUUAUGUACACAUUAAAAACGAAAACAAGUGUUGUUCCACA